CAAAGCCAUGGAAAUUAUUUGCUGAAACCAUAAUUUAAAACAAUCUGAAUUUUUUUUUUAUAAAUUUGAAAUUUUAGCAGCUGAAAUGGAGAGAACACAAAAAUACAAGAAAUAUUUUUGUGCAAGAUGCUUCUUGCCAAUUGAAUCCGAAGACAACGUCAACAUUGAAAAUCAAAACUUUCACAGAAUUUGCAGCAUGUGUUGCAUCUGCCGGACGAUACCAACCUCAUUGAAAAUGUUUUACGGCCACGUGUUUUGCAACGAUUGCUUCAAGACCCACGUAAUGACGAGGUUUAAGGGAGACAGUCCGCGCCUCCACUCAAACAGCUGGUGGUUGCAAUGGGGGCCUGGAGCUACUUCUCAAGAAAAGAAACAUACGGAUAAGGAAUACGAAAAUCAAUCUGAAGAUCAGCCAAAGCGUUUCGUAUGCGCACGCUGCCUCCAACCGGUGGACGAGAAUGACCGGGUGACAAUUGGUGACCAAAGCUUCCAUGAGCAAUGCGGGCAGUGUUACUUCUGCCAUAAAGUACCAUCGAAGAAUCCAAAGAUUUACUACGGGCAAGUGUUCUGUGAUGAGUGCUUCCAUUGUCACGUCCUCAACCGAAACAAAGACAACCCUUCUGAGUUUUUCAAGAACUGUUUCGAACAAUGGCAGAAUAGCACGCAGUUUGCGGAGAACAUGAGGAAUUUCAUGAAUUCCAGCCAGGAGACUUCACCAUUCAUAUUCAUGAUGCAGGGGCAACAGGCACCGUUCUGCAGAUGUGGCACGGGCCCCCAGAACUUUUUCCAAAGCAACGAGACUAAGGCUGAAACUAGAAAAUCUGCAACACCGGUUACUAUCUCCUUGGGUGAUGAUUCCCAAAGCUGGGAUCUUUCUUUUGAGAAUCGCACUGAAGUCUCCAUACAAGAAUCGAACGAAGAAUCAGCAAAACAAGAAAAUUUGACUGUGGUCGCAGCUGAAAAAAUAGAAAAGCUCACAAAAUAUCUGCACGAAAGAGUCGAACUGCAAAAUUAUGACAAAAAAUGGAAAUUUCUCGAAAACGAGCCUUCCAUAGCUGAUUCCUGCUUUGGUUGGCUAGAUUUACAUGACAAAAAAACUAAUCGAGAAUGUCCUAGAUGUUUGUGGCAAUGUGGACCUAUUUAUGUAAAAAGUGAAUAUAUUGAAAAAGAAGUUUGAUGAUU